CGGCGCAGACGCCGUGGCAACGCUUAUUGAUCGUGGCUCUGUGGUGCUCGGUGUCCCUGCACGCGUCAUGCGUCGUCGUCUUUCGCGACGUAGCGACGGUGCCGGGCAGUAAGUUUUACUCGUGUUCCGUCUCGUCCAGUUCGAGGUAGCCGAAAAAAACGGUGCCAGUGACAGCAGACGUGUGUAUUUUCGAUUUAUUUCGGCAGUGCGUGUAGUUGGGGCUCGUAUGGGUUUAUAGAUCGCAACAAGAUUAACAAGAUGCGAUCGAGAAACGCGGCGAUUUUAACGUGAAUUGUAACUGCCGCCUGGUCCAGCCGCUGGAAAACGGGAUUCCCUGUCGGCGAAAACGGCGAAUCGAGAAUCGGAAAGUCUCCACCGUUGGCAGGUGGUGCUCGAACGAUAUCGCGAUCGUCCUUUCUACGUCGAGUGAAAGUGAUCGGCGGUGAAGCGUUUUCGAGGAGUUGGCCGGAUGCUUGGCCGACAGGUGCGUUCGUAGAGGCUCGCUCGGUGUACCGAGCAACCGACUACUCUGUAACGAUUGGUUCGAACGCAAGCUUCAACCGCAGCUUCGACCAAUCGCGUACGCGUACGGACUAGGCGGCUUUUCCGCGAUUCCGGCGCCGAUCGAUUUCGUUACGGCGUGAGCCGUGAGCCGCUCGUGAAACUUGACGACGACGUCUCUAACAAGGAAACAUGAGUCUGCUGUCUUCUUCCAUCGGCAACGUUCGCUGCCUCGCGGACGAGGAGGCCGAUCACAAUAUGCUUCAGGAUUUACAAUUAGCGGCAGAACUUGGAAAAACGCUUUUGGAACGGAACAAGGAAUUAGAAAAUAUUAUCAAAGCGCACCAAUCGACCGUCGAGGAACAAGCACAAGAGAUAGAGUAUAUGAAAAAACAAACCGCUGCCCUUAGAGAAGUGAACGACUCGCGAUUGAAAAUUUACGAGCAACUGGAAGUCAGUAUUCAAGAUUUGGAACGCGCGAAUCAUCGUCUAGUAAUCGAGAACACCAGCGACAAAAAAUUGAUCAAGAGGUAUGAGGAUCGAUCAUCUCGUCAAUGUUUGACGAUCGAGAGCCUAGAGGCGAGGUGCGAGGAACUUCAGAAGAAAAUCGACGAGAUAAACGAGCAACAUGAAAGUCUGCUCCGGCAACAAUCUACGAGUCAAUCGGCUAACAAUAUCACACAAACACACACCAUUCAUUGGAAAGUAUCGGUCACGCAGGGUAGCAGCACACAACAGAACGCUGCUCCGUCUGGUCAGAAAUCUUUCCAAGAGGCAAAUGCGGACUCGAGCGUGCGACAAUUACCGACGAUUCCGACGAACGACGAAGAAGUUACCGAAUUGUUGAGACAGUUGCAAGAGGCGCGAAGUCAGAGGGCGAGGGAGCAGCAAAAAGUUACCGAGCUUCGGCAACAAUUGGCAACAUUGUUGCAGGAAAAUAACGCGUUGGAAGAACAGUUGAACGUUUGGCGUAAUAAAGCACAAGACGUGAAAAAUCUUCAAGAGGAAAUAAAUACUCUGGAAGAAGUAAGGCGGGGUCAAUUAUGCGGGCGAUGUUUACGCGGAUUGGACUCUAAGACGCACGACGAACUCUCUGUAAUGUUGAAUCAGGAGGAAUACGAUGAUAUUAGCAUGGCUGAAUCGCUAAUGAACGAUAGUCAACGUGACACUGAGUCUCUCACUCAGGAAUCGAACGAUCAAAACGAAGUGUCGAACGACAUGAAGAAUCCUUAUAGAGUGCUAGUGGAGAAAUAUCAAGCCUUGUUAGAAGUUCAAAGACGAUCCGCGCUCCGGCGGAAAGAUAGCGUGCCUACGCCUAUGUCGUUGCAAGAAGAACUAGAGAUGUCGGGCGAGUUUAACAGCUUUCAGAGUCCGACGUUGGAGACGGAGACGCAACAAGAGCCGAACGCGGCGAAAUCGGCCGUUGGAAACGCGACACGUGCCAAAACAGAGAUGUGCGGUAAAAAAGUGUUCUCCGCCACGCCCACGGAUUUUUCCGAGGCCGAGACGUCGUCUUCCGGCUUUUUGGACGAGACGAGUAACAAAGCGACGCAAACCGAAGGAAGGCCCGGCUCGUUUCUUUUCUCCUUCGCGGACGGCGAGGAUUGCAAGUUCAGCAUUUACGACGACAACAGCCCGUUCGAGAGUAGAUUCCGGGAAACGCCGGAGUACAGACAAUUGUUCAGUGAAAUAUUCCGAGUCUUGAAACGAGCGGCGGAAGCUAAGGACGAAGGCGAGAAAUUACCUUUAUUGGACGAUUCCACGAGUACGAACAAUUCUCAGCAACAAUCCGUGCUACAAGAAGAUGUUCCUAGCGAAACCACCGACGAUAAUCAAAGCGUUUCCUCUUCUAUUUUUUCAUCCGCCGUAUCCGAACCACCGUAUAUAGUACAAAUCUCAUCGAACGGGGUAAACGAACAGCAAAACGGUGAAGUGACACUUGCUAAGAACGGGAAGAAUAUAAUUCGAAACGUGAAUCGGUCGGAUUAUUUAAUGCUCAACAGUAAAAAGAAAUCGAAAAAACAUUCUUCCGCUAGUAAAAAGUUAACGUAUAACGAUAUUAGACCAACGACGCCCGAUGUGAUUCCAACGACAAAUCCCAAGUUCGUUCCAUCGAAAUCGAACAGCGGAGGAAAGAAGAAAUUCAGACCUUUUACGAUCGCCGAUCAAAAUGGCGGCACGUGCAACGGGUACGCUUAUCCGAACAAAACGAAAGACUCGCCUCCUAAUUCGGCCGCAAAAUCUUCGAAUAACGCAGGCAACAACAGUAGUCAACACAACAACAGUUUCGAGUACAGAGACUAUAAACCGAGCACAGCGUCGGUCGAAGUAGCCCGGCUAAAACGUUUAGAAAUGUCUUAUGCGGAAGUUCUACGGUUGCCAAAUAAAUCUAAAAUGAACAAUCAUCGUAGAAGCUAAAAUCUUCUUUAUAUAUAUAUAUAUAUACUACGAUACCUUGAAGGAGGGGAAAAAAAGGAGACUUUUAUACGUAAGAUAUAGUCAAGUGAAAGAUUAAGUUCAAAAUUUGUUAAGUUGUUAACCUCGUAAAACGAAUACUUAGGACGGAAUUAAAUUAUUUCACAGAAGUAAGAUUCACAGUAUUGAUAAUCAGUGCUAACGGAACAAAUUUUGUGAAUAUUUAAGAGGAGCGAUUGCGUGUAAUGUCACUAGAUACUAAAUUAUUUGAAAUUAAUUUUUUUAUUGUAUUUUGUAUAUCUUAAUUGUAUAGGUUUUUUCAUGUGAAUGUGCGUGGGCAACAAAGGUACACAACGUUAAUAUACGUAUAUUAUUAAUAGCAUCUACCGGAAAUUUAUGAACGGUAUAAAUCGAGUCGUGCCUCGCGAGUUUGUUUUUCUUUAGAAAUUGUAGUUGUGAUCAGAAAUAAAAUUAUUUAUGUGCCAUUUA